GCAGCCGCCGACCACACGAUGGGCUUCAUCGGCUGCUCAAUGGCUGAGAACAUUGGCCAGGGAUACGUCGCUGGCGGCGGAAAGCGUAUGUGGCCCAACUAUGGCACCAGCGGACAGGUGGUUCAAUCAUGGACCGACGUCAACUCGGCUUCAUGGAAGCUGUACGACCAACAAGUGGCCAAAUACGGCAAGCCCAACGCCGUGUGGGUACAAAUUUGUAUAUUCGCGCAACAGGGCGCCACGGCCGACGAGAUCAAGAAGAUGAUCGCCAAUGCACGCACGCAUUCCCAGCCUGACGCCGCGAUCUACCUCACUGGUCAGCCGCUCUACGAUGCCGGUUAUGACUGUUUCUUGGCUGGUACCGGCGGUGCUGCCAAGACUGACGCUCUUGCCAAGUCUGUCGCUGCGGAUACCUCACUCGUAAACGUCACAUACCCGGGCUCCUUCCUCCUUCAUCCCAGUGAGGUCCAAGAUGGUUGCCACGCCAAUGCUGAUGGACAAAAGUCGCUGGGCCAGCAGGCCAUCGCGUUCUGGGGUUAA